UAGUGUCCCAAGCUCCCAAUCAUUAAACAAAGCCACCUAAUCAUUCACUGCCCACAGUAUCCCUUUACACUAUAUCCUCUGUAGCCACCGCCACUCCACAGGACCCAUGUGCGCUGCUGCCGUCGCGGAUCAGCUCCCCACUCCUAUCCUAGACGCCGAAUCCCCUAAUCUCCUCCAAUCCAUUUCGUCCCACGGAGGCUACGCUUACGUCAGCAUGGCUACGCUUGCUGCCUCCGGGGACUUCCGAGCGGCGGAGGCUGCGCGUGAGAUGGCUUGGGAGCAGCUCCAUUCUGGUCCCUGGCAUUCUGUUCUCCCCGUCUGGAGGGACGCUUACUCAAUGGCGUGUCUCCACCUGGCCAAGUUCCAUUAUCGAAACGCUGAGUUCAAGGACGCGCUUAGGGUUUUGGAUAUGGGGUUGAUCAUGGGAGGAAUGUUGCUGAGGAACGAUUUGGACUCCGCUGUUGAUUUUAUAUCAGCGAAAGCGAGACAAAAUGAUGGCCAAAGCGAGGGUUUUGAGAAAUCGGAGCAUAAAUUGGUUCCAGAAGCUGAGUUUGAUAAGGCGGAGGUGCUUCGAUUUUUACCUGUGAAGUCCUUAUCUUGCAAGAUUGUGGUGAAGAAAUCUGCUCCAUCUUUGGAGGCAUUUCUACGUGAACAUUUCUUAUGUGGUUGUCCAGUUAUAAUUAGUGAUUUUAUGACUCAUUGGCCUGCCAGGAAAAAGUGGAAUGACAUGGAUUACCUCAAAAGGGUUGCUGGUGACCGCACGGUUCCAGUUGAGGUUGGGAAAAACUAUUUAUGCCAAGAGUGGAAACAAGAACUUAUAACAAUUUCCCACUUUCUUGAGAGGAUUCAGUCCAAUGGAACUUCUUCUGAUGUCCCCACCUAUCUUGCUCAGCAUCCAUUGUUUGAUCAGAUAAAUAAGCUGAGGAAUGACAUUUGCAUUCCUGACUACUGUUUUGUUGGUGGUGGGGGGCUUAGGUCUCUUAAUGCUUGGUUUGGUCCUGCUGGGACAGUUACACCAUUGCACCAUGAUCCACACCAUAACAUACUUGCUCAGGUUGUUGGGAAAAAGUAUAUUAGGCUUUACCCUGCUUCAUUAUCUGAAGAACUGUAUCCACACGGUGAAACCAUGCUUUGCAAUUCCAGCCGGGUUGAUCUGGACAACAUAGAUGAGAAAGAAUUUCCGAAAGUGCAUGACUUGGAAUUCGUAGACUGCAUUUUAGAAGAAGGUGAAAUGCUUUACAUCCCACCAAAAUGGUGGCACUACGUCCGAUCUCUAACAAUUAGUUUCUCGGUUAGCUUUUGGUGGAGCAACUCUGAAAGUUCAUCUGGGUCUUGAUGUCAGUGUUUUCAGGUCUUGAUAUUUGAUUCUUUUUUAUAUGACUAGAAUAGUGCUAAAAUAUCCACUGGGUGGACUGCAAAAAUAUCAGCUAGAACAUUUUUGUACACAGAGACCAAAAUUGGUUAAUUGAAGAUGAAAGAAAAUGAAUGCAUAUGAACAUUAUACCAAGGGAUUAUUGAUGUUGUAAUCAUAGGAAGUAAGAUAAUAGAAACUAAAGUGAGUCGACCUUUCUAAUGUGAACAUUGUAUUCAUCUCUCCUAUGGAAGAGCUUCUGUUUCCUUUGUGAAAUUGAAGUAAAUAAUGGAGUUGGUUGUGCUGAAUUUUUUUCAA